AUGUUCUUACCAGCGUCUCGGGAGUUAUUUGAGCCAGGAGCCGAGCUUCGGUUCAGACACAGCCAGUGUUUCGACUCGAAGCCAGAGCAAGAGACAGACACAAAUGGAACAUGUCGAGCAUCUGUUCCAUUUUUGUUGAAUUAUUCAUCUACUAGCAAUCGUCAUCCGGGUGAGGUCGAUGCAGUCCUCUCAGCAUUUGCGACCACGAAAUCGAGCGAUCACAUUCAAGAUCCCACUGUUCCGAGCAUACUUUUGGAAGAUAAGAGAGCUGAUCUUUUCUAUGAAGACUUGUGGAAUCUCUUCCUUUCCUCCUACCAAAAUCACCAACCUUCCGAUGCGUUACCUCUACCGGGUGGCGUGAAUGAUCGGGGGAAUCGACAGUCCGCAGCCAAGAAAGUCAUCGACUGCCUUCUUCGAGCACAAGCGACCCCAAUAUACCAGGAACUUAACGUUGAUCGAGCGAAGGAUUUCUUCAGCGACCACAAUAUCUAUAAUUUCAUUGUUGCCUAUUUCGACCACACAGUCCGUCCUCGGUCACGGAUAGUCUUGAAAUCCUCUUUCAACCUUCCAUCAACAGGUACGCCUUUGCUUCUCUCCAUACUUCUGAUGGGUGCAAUGUAUGGCACAUCCACCGCCGCAAAAUCACAUGCUCUGGAGUAUACGGACAUAGCGGAGGCGAUCGUGUUCGAUGAUCCGGGAUUCUCACGCCUGGUCUACCAAAAGAAAGUGGCUGAAUGA